AUGUCGAGUGAAGAAGGAUCUAUAUUCAAACCUAGAAGGUUUUCAAAGGAGAUAGUUUUAGGCGCUGAUGAAAUACGUGAUGCUCCUUUAGCUGACGGGAAUAACCUUGUCCUAGAAUUGACCAAGAAUGAGAAGUAUUGUGUUUCGAAGCUUCCUGCUUGUCCAGUAAUACUCAGAAGAAGUGAAUUAUCAGUCAAUUUAAAUGGAUACACUGAUCAUGCAUCUAACUAUGCUAUUGUAAUUGAUGAAAAUGCUAUUCAUGUAUGGAAUUAUAAGUCAACAGAUCUGUCACCUUUAUCAAUUCAGUUUCCAUAUGAUAAUCAAGCAUCUUCUCUUCCACCUCUAGCAGUUUUGACAGACCCAGCAAGUGGUGCCAACCAUGACCCUGGACUCGUAAUCAUAAAUCCCAUGAACGGUGUGAUUAAAUUUUAUGAAAGCGUGCAACAUGCUCCGGCACUUGGGCUCAUCAAUAACAAAUCUUUGUCAUUAACUAUUGAAAUAAAUCAAAAAAGAGGGGAGUAUAUUACUUUAGCAAAUAAUGUGGAGCCUUCAGGAGUCGUUGUGGCUACAUCAUGGAAAAGGUGUAUUUUAAUAUCAUUAAGGGAUUUCAAAGGCAAAUCUAGACUAUUAGCUACGGAGCUUUUGGGACCUUCGAUUGGUGGAUUUUUUUCAGGUAUAUUCGAAGGCUUUAGGAGUGAAAGAAAUGAUAUAAUAAAUGACAGUAUUAUUGAUAUCAAAUCGGGAAAGAUGAUUAAUAAUGGAAUGUCACAAGAGAUAAUCAUCCAGGAUUCAGUUGGCGGGUUUAAUCUUUUGACCUACGAUAUAUCUGCCAUAGGGGAACAAUAUUUCAAUCGAAGAGAUAUCAUUAAGUACAACCUAUUAUCGUCAUUGGAAAGUGGAAUUGAGGGGUACUUGCCCGGAUCAAACCUAAAUCUCAGAAUAUUGGAUUUUUGUCCUCUUAUGAAAAGAGAGGAAGAUAUUUAUUUGAUUCUUUGCUACAUAGACGUUUCUUUUAGUGGAAAUGAUGGAAAAAACUUACUACUUAUGACUAUAAAGUUGGACAGCACGGGUGUCUUACUACUUGAAUCAAAUAAGUUGGUCAGAUAUGACCCUAAAGUGACUGUAACGAGCAUCAACAAGCCUAAGCUUUUCGUUCCAGAGCCAGAAGAAACCGCAUUCAUCACAAUCAAUAAUUCAAUUAUUAUGUCAGACUUGAAAACUUCAUCUUUUAUGUCUACAUCACCCAAUGCUUUUCAAUAUUUCAAACCAAAAUGGGAGGAUUGCAUCGAGCUAAAAUCUUCUUUAUCAAUUAUUGGCCAAGGGUACGAAAAUGAAUCUAGUGACUCUAAUCCCUCAAUAAUUUUGAUAACUGAUAAAUCUGGUGUCUUACGUGUAGAAAGAUUUCCAGAGACGAAUCUUGAUUCAAAUCCCAUGGACUAUGAAAAAUCUGCAGAUCCCCUUCGUAUUGUAAAAUCUCACAUAGAACAGGGAAUAUUUUACGCAAAUGCUUCGGCCAUUGAAUUUAAUAUUAAGGAAUCGUACCCUGAGCCUUGCAUAGAAGGUGCAAUUGAGGAAAUUGACUUUGAAUUGAUGAAUUCAACCUCUCCUUACCUUUCAUCAUCCCUAAUUUCGGUAAGUGAAACCCUUGAGAAAAAAGUUGAGCUAUAUAAUAAUUUCAUUGAAUACGUCAAGCUGAAUUUUGUUUCUUGGUCAAAGUAUCUUCUGCCAAUUGUCGAGAGCUUGGAGAAGACAGAUGUUGCAUUGCAAUUGUGGGUUUGUAUCAAUGAGGAGCCUUUAGUGGCAAGAGAUUUAAAAGACUCUUUAGAACGCGCUAUAAGAGAGUCAAAUAUACUUAAGUUAAAUACUGAGGGCGAUCUUCUACGGAAAUUUUUCAAUCAGGGAGUAAGCUACAUAAACCAAGUCCUCACUCAGUUCCUCGAAAUUUUAAUUGAUAGCGAGGUUUCGUCUUCUAAGGUUGUGGAUAUAGUGGUUAAGACCAUGUACAAUGCAGUUUUAUUAAAUGAAAUGAAAUAUGCAACAUAUGCUGUCAAUGAUAUCAAGCUUUGGAUCUUUGACACGGCAAUAUUAAUUAGAAUAGAAGAACUUUUUACGCAGGUGUACUGCAACCAGGAUGAUGAAGAUUUACUUGUUACUCAACAUAGUCGCAUGAAUUUGGUCAAACUUUGCAAAACGCUCUAUUAUUUUACGAAUAAUGCAAUUAAUUUUAUGGAAAAGCACGAAAAUUCCAGUGAACAACUCACAGAGUACAAGAAAUGGUAUAACUCAAGAAAGAAGUUUUGGAUUAGAGCUCUACUUAAGCAUAACUUAGAAGUUGAGGCGACAGAAAUAUCUGAGGAAUUUAAAGAUUUUUCCUCUCUUGCUUUGGUAUUAGAAACAGAACGUGGAUUACUAACUAAAAAGUUUGGCAAAUCGAACCAUGAAAGUCUGAACUUACUUAAAAAGAAAUACGAUCAUUAUUUCACUACUUUUGGCUAUAGCUUUGCAUUUAGUUUAUUUGAACUUUUGAUUGCGAAAGACAACGUUCAAUCAUUGUUAUUGGAUUUCUCCCAAUAUAAGGAUUAUCUCUAUAUGUUUUUUGAAGAGACACCAAAAAAAACGUCAGAGAUAGCUUGGAUUCGAUAUCUUCUCGAUGAGAAGUUCCAAAGCGCAUCGAUGACUUUAUUUGCCUCGGCGAAUAUCAAGAAAACUGAAAGCAUAGAUAAUAAGCAACUUAAAUACUCUUUGGCCAAAUUAUCAGCAGUCGCUGUCGAAGAAAGUGCUUCUCAUCAUGAUGAUAAACAAAUGUCGCAGUUGAUUUGUGAUGCCGAUAGAAGAUUGUUGAUUCUCAAUGUCCAGAAUUCCAUAUAUCUGAAAUUGCUAAACUACGUUUCUGGUCAAGGGGACUUAUUGACUUUUGAUUAUUUUCUAAGGAAUUUUGCAAAUGACAAAAUUGGCAUUUCGAUGACUACUGAAUUAUUAGAGCCAUUUUACCAUAAUUUCAUAAUGAAAAUGGAGUUGCAACCAAAAGAUUUGAUAAGCUUACUCACAUGCAUUGCACCUUUGAAUGUUUUUGAUGGAUUUUCUAAAGCUUUAAAGAUAGCUUCUUUAGCUUUUCACCAAAAUGCCUUCAAGUACCAAUGUAAGGUUAUAUUGUUAAGAUUGCUCACGUCUACUGACGACUGGUACUCCAUCUCUCAAACUGAAAAUAAGACUGACGAUUACAUAAGGCAAAAGUUACAAGAUACGACUCUUUUUAAGACAUUCGCCUCCCUUGAAAACUCCUCUGAAUAUGAGACCUGCUUGGGCGAAUUGGUAAAUGAUUUAUCGUUUAAGAUUGAAGAAGAAAGAGAAGACGACAUAUCAGCUAGUCAGAAGCUUAAUGCUUUACUCCUUCAACGUUUGAAAGAAAUUACAGAAAAAGUUGAUUUAAUUUCGUUAAUUGCAUCUGUUAAAAAGGAAUAUAGAAAGACUUAA